UGCAGUUGACAGAUCACUUAUCAGUCAAAUGCAUCUACAUCGCCACUGCACUUAUCUCUCAAAAUCAAGAAACCUUCGUUUCUCUCUCACAUAUUUGUCUUCUUUUGCCUAUGACACAGUUGUCAUAGAACCUGAAAAACAUCGCCAGUGAAUUAGGCCUUUAGCAUGAAAAUCUCCGUCUACAAUACCCGUUUUAUCCUUUCUCCUACUCUUUCUUUUCCCACCCUUCAGCUCCUUCUCAACGUUCGCCUCCUCUUCCUUUUUGUCCCGACAUAAUACACCCACACUUUCCUUUUCUUGGCAUUUUCCUAUAGCUUUCAUAGGAAGCAAAAGAUCCACACAGAAAAUAUUGACUAGUUCAGUGUUUGCUAAGAUCUUUUUUACAGAGUAUUUGUUAUGUCCCUCAUCGGUACUACUAUGUGUUGAUGUGUAGUUUAAAUAGCCUUGGGCUGUUGGACUAGCUAACUUUUGGGGCGUGGUUCUUGUUACAUUUGUAGCUAGCUUUUGGGGCGUGGCUAUUGUUACAAUAUUCUCUAGAUUUGUAUUUCAGCUUAUCGAAUGUUUGAAUUGAAUAGAAUGAAACGGGUUCAAAUGGUCUGAAAAUAAGGGUACUCCAGUUAAAAUUUAUUCAAUUGACUUGGGAUUAGGAGUAGUUGUUGUUGUUGUUUCCUUUAGUUUUCAUGGAUUGUGCUCCAUUACUUUCCCUCCUUAACGAUGAUCUUCUAAUCCGAAUACUCUCCUUCAUUACCCAUGAUUCGGACCGCAAAUCUUUCCGUUUAGUUUGUAGAACAUUCCUCAAAGUUGACUCAUUCCACCGUACCCAUAUCCGGAUCCUCCGACCCGAAUUCAUCACUACCCUUUUCUCCAAAUUCCCACGUAUCAACUCCCUUGAUCUCUCCAUCUGCCCACAAAUCAAUGACGGGGCAGUUUCCAUGCUGAUGGGUCACGGGUCGACCCAUUGGAGUAUCCGGUUAAGGAAACUGGUACUGAGUCGGAGCACCGGGUUGAAGUCAACCGGGUUGGAAAUGCUUAUGAAGUCAUGUCCUGUUUUGGAGUCUGUUGACGUGUCUUACUGCUGGGAUUUUGGUGACAAGGAAGCUGCUGCUUUGUCUUUUGGUGGGUCUUUAAGGGAGGUAAAGAUGGAUAGGUGUUUGGGUGUUAGUGAUGUUGGUUUGGCUAAAAUAGCAAUUGGGUGUCAAUGCUUAGAGAAACUUAGCUUGAAAUGGUGCAGUGAAAUAACUGAUCUUGGGGUUGAUCUUUUGACCAAGAAAUGUACUGAACUGAAACACCUUGACAUUUCAUACUUAAAGGUUACUAGUGGAUCGUUGCGUUCUAUUAGCAGUUUGGAGAAGUUGGAGUUUUUGGCUAUGGUGGGAUGCAGCACUGUGGACAAUGAAGGACUGCAUUAUCUUGGAAAAGGGUGUCCUUCGCUUCAGGCUCUGGAUGUAUCAAGGUGUGACAGACUAAGCUCAUCUGCCUUAGCUUUCUUGAUUAAUGGACACCCCUUGAUGCUACAAAUCUACGCUAGUUACUAUUUCCAUGAGUAUCCUACUAAAAUCAUCCAAGGGCUGAAGGACCUAAAGAAUCUGAAAACGCUCGUACUUGAUGGAGCACUAGUUUCUGAAUCAUUCUUCAAGAUCAUUAAUUUCAAUUGCAAGUAUUUGGUUGAAAUUGGGCUAGGCAAAUGCAAAGGAGUGACUGACAAGGGAAUUUUCCAGUUGGUAUCAGGGGGUCUUAAUUUGAAUGUCUUGAAUCUCACAUGCUGCAGCGAUCUUACAGAUAUUGCAAUAUCAGCUAUAACAGAUUCUUGCCAGAGUCUUUUGUGCCUCAAGUUGGAGUGCUGCAACUUACUCACUGAGAAGAGCCUAUAUCGCCUCGGAUUACACUGUUCCUUACUUGAGGAGAUUGAUCUUACUGAUUGUUUUGGAGUCAAUGACACUGGACUUUCUUACCUGUCUAAAUGUACAAAGCUUGUAUGUCUAAAGUUGGGAUUAUGUAUUAAUAUUACCGACAAGGGCCUGUACGCUAUUGCUAGAAAUUGCAGGGAGAUUCGUGAACUGGAUCUAUACCGGUGCAAAGGAAUUGGUGAUGACGGACUCUAUGCUUUAUCAAGUGGUUGCAAAAGGAUGCAAAAGUUAAACUUGUCUUAUUGCAGUGAGGUCACUGAUAAAGGGAUUGAAUGUCUCGGCCAUCUACCAGAGCUCUAUAACCUCGAGAUGCGAAGUCUGUUGAAUGUCACAGGCACUGGUUUAACAGCUCUUGCUACUAGAUGCUGUGGACUUGCUGAGUUGGAUGUGAAAGACUGUGCUAACAUUGAUGAUUCGGGUUUCAUGGCGCUUGCUUAUUACUCUAGGAAUUUACAACAGAUUAAUCUGAGUCAUUGUGCAAUCUCGGAUGUGGGCCUGUGCAUGGUGAUGGGGAACUUGACAUGCUUGCAGGAUGCCAAGCUCGUAAACCUUUACAACGUGUCAACUAAUGGCUUUGAGGUUGCUCUUCGGGCUUGCUGUGUUCGAUUGAAAAAAGUUAAGUUGGUCGCCUCCCUGAGACUACACCUUACACCGGAUAUAUUUAAGACAUUGAGGGCAAAAGGUUGCAGGAUUAGGUGGGAUUAAGGUCCAACAUCCCAGCAGUAUAUGAUAAUGUGUGUUACCAUGCAUUUGAGUUGGUGAACCUAAAAUUUCUGCUUACUCCUAAAAUUUCUCCCAUUUCAUCAGUAAGCAGAAAUUUUCUAUCAUGUUGUUUUUAAGUCCACCUAAGAGAUUUUGCGCGGUCUUCGACUCUUCACUUGUGUGGACACGUUGUAUAAACUUAUAUCUACCUUGCAUUCUGGAGAUUAACUGUGAAUGUUUAAACAUCAUAUUAGUGGAUUUCUAAAGUUAGUGGCGGAGAAAUCUUCUUAUUAACCCUUUUGCCGUUUUGCGCUU